CCUCUACUGUAUUUGCGCUACAACUCCGCCUGCGACACGCCGCGUCCCGAGGCCCCCGGAGGACUGGGACAAGAAAAGAAAAAAAAACGGGCCAGAAGAAGUCAACAUCUGCUGAGCGAUAACAAUAAUACGGUUAUGAAACAAUGGAUGACUGACAAAUAAGAAAUAUUGACUUUACAAUUACCAGGAGCUGAGCGUCACAUCAGUCUUUGUUUUGUUUAUCUAACUUUUUUUUUUAUUUUUAACUCUAGAUAUUUUCUCCCUCCUUCUUGCCAAAAAGGGAGACAACGUUCUGUUUUGGGAUUUUUUUGCCCCCCCCCCCCCAAAAAAAAAAAAAAAUUCCAACUUUGCGAAGGAUUUUAUGUUUAUUUUUUUAUUUUAAAAACCUAGAUAUAUAGAUACGUUUUUCUCAUCCAAAGACUUGUGUUGGGGAUGUUGAGUUCUGUGAAGAUGGAAGCACAUGAUCUACCGGAGUGGAAUACUUUCUACAGCGAGGCCAGUGAGAUGUAUUCCUCUCCUAGCACCAUGAACUCUGGUCUGGGCUCCAUGGGCUCCAUGGGCUCCCUCAACAGCUACAUCAACCUGAACCCGGCCACCGCCUCGCCCGCGGGCAUGAACAUGGCAUACCCGAGCACCAGCCUCAGCAGCUCCCCGCUGGCCUCCAUGGGCUCCGGGCCCGGCCACAUGUCCCUCUCCCCGGUGACCUCGUCCCUCGGCUCGGGCCCUCUGACCCAGCUGGGCCCCGUUGCUCCAGGCUCCCUGGGCUCCUUGUCACACUACCAGAACAUGGGCCAAUCCAUGAGCCAGCUGGGGUACCCCUCCACCGCGCCCCUUAGCCGGGCAGGGGAAAAGGACAUUCCCCCAAAGCCCUACCGACGCUCCCUGACCCACGCCAAGCCGCCGUACUCCUACAUCUCCCUCAUCACCAUGGCGAUCCAGCAGAGCGGCAGCAAGAUGCUCACCCUGAACGAGAUCUACCAGUGGAUCAUGGAGCUGUUCCCCUACUACCGGGAGAACCAGCAGCGCUGGCAGAACUCCAUCCGCCACUCGCUCUCCUUCAACGACUGCUUCGUGAAGGUGGCUCGCUCGCCGGACAAGCCGGGCAAAGGCUCCUACUGGACUCUGCACCCGCAGUCGGGCAACAUGUUCGAGAACGGCUGCUACCUGAGGCGGCAGAAGCGCUUCAAGAUCGAGGAAAAGCUGGCGAAGAAAGCAGGCAAGAACCAGGAGGGGGGCUCGGGGAAGGGAGGCCAUGGUGGAGAUCACCUGGUGGAGGAUCACAGCCCAGCAGGAGGCUCUGAGGGAGCCGACUCCGCCCACUCAGACAACUCCCACCCAGGCUCCUCAGACGACCAGCCGCAUCCCCGGAACUCCCUGGUGCCACUAGACUGCCCAGCGCUCUCCUCCUCACACCUCCACAGCCCACCCAUCUCCCUGCCGUCCUCCUCGUCCGCCUCGUCCUCCCUGUCCCAUUCAGUUGCCACCUCCUCCAACCCGCUCCUCCACUCCCAGUCUCUAGUUAGUAGCUCCCACCUCCUGCCCGGUGCCAUGCAGCAGCACAUGGACUUACAGAGUGACACCCUCAAGUCCCUGGACCCCCAUUACAACUUCAACCACCCCUUCUCCAUCACCAAUCUCAUGUCCAACGAGCAGAAGAUGGACCUCAAGUCCUACCAGGACCAGGUGAUGGCGUACAACAGCUACACCAGCGGGUCUCCCAUGGGACCCAAGCAGAUCUACGACAGCCCUGGGCCGGCCACCAUGGACUCAGGCGCUUACUACCAAACUCUCUACAGCCGCUCGGUGCUCAACGCCUCCUAAUGUGGACACUCACCCACACACACACACACACACACACACACACACACACACACAUACACACACACACACACAC